CUUUCAUCCAUCAAUUCCAUCUUCGCAACCACUCAACACAUCUUCAUUCGAAGCCUCGCACUUCUCAGAAGCGCGGCCAUUGUUGAUUCGGAAUACUAGGAACUUACUGAUCUCUUUGCCGGCGCCAAUCGCCCCCUCUCAAUCAUGUCCUCUCGUUCAGGUACCACCCUCUAUGUCACCGGGUUUGGUCAUGGCACUCGUGCUCGUGACCUUGCCUACGAAUUCGAACACUAUGGGCGACUAGUCAGAUGCGACAUUCCAGCUCCUCGAACUGCCUCAAGCCGACUGUUCGCCUUUGUCGAGUACGAGAGCCGCCGAGAUGCUGAUGAUGCCUAUCACGAGAUGCACAACAAGCGCAUCGGUAGAGACGAUGUGCUUAAGAUCGAGUGGGCUAGGACUCCUCCGUCGGCUACCUGGCGGUACGAAGCUGGACGUGGCGGCGGCCGCGAGGGUCGUGACAGCCGUGAUGGUCGUGAGCGACGCGACCGUACUCCUCCACGACGCAGCUAUCGCUCUCCCUCUCCUCGUCGCCGAGACUACUCUCCCCGCAAGGACGAACGCCGAGACCGUGACCGAGAGCGGGAUCGCGACCGGGACUACGACGACCGCCGCCGCUCCCGCAGCCCAGCUGAUAGGGACCGUGACCGUGACAUGAAAGAUGAUCGGGACCGACGCGACGAUGAUCGGGACGUAGGAAAUGCUGACGAUCGCAAAGCCGUGGACUCCCCUCCUCCUGCUCACGACGAGCUCGACACUGCCGAGUAAACACAUGGUAUCGCCAUCAUGAAGCCACCAAUUGUGCUGCGCUCGAUGGAAACUUCGAGGCUUGGAAAAGUGCUAUUCGAUGUGGGAAGACAUAGGUUUCUCUUUUUUAUCAUUGACACCUUUGCAUUGAUGCUUUCGCAGCAAGGCACAACUGAACAAGGCAAACAACCACAGCGGUUGGUAAUUGACUUGAUACGAGGUUAGACCGACUUCGAGCGAACGAUGCGAGAUCGAUCCUGUUCGAGCGAACGGUUUUCGGGCACAACCAUUACUUCGAUAGCGUAUCCUAAUCGAUCGAGACCUCGAUACGAAAUGUCGGACGAUACCUAGAACGCUUCUACCGCCGCUCUUCCCGCCUCCUGCCCUUCGACACACCAUGAUCGUCAAGCCUCGUCUGUCACCGUCCUCGCGCCGCGUCGUAUCCUGUCUCGCCGUACCGUCAACGUCGUAAACCCCUCGCACAGCCCUCAGACAUCCGGCACCUAUUUCUCAGUCCAUCUCGAACUCUUUCACCAACCCUCGGUCCUCAACCCAGCCACGCCUCUCACCAGUCUCCGCCGUUUUAGCGAUGCCGGUAUUCCUGUGCAGUCCUGCAUAAGUGAACCUGCCAAUUUCUCUUUCACGUCGCCCGCUCACCCCUUCUUCAUCGAAAUCCCUUCCUCCUUUUGCUUCACUUGUGGUAGCCCAAGAGCUACGAGCCCUUAUUAUGGUGAUCGACACACAGUCUCAUCAGGGCCAAAACCAACGGUAAGUAGAGUAAAACUAUUGUAUUGACUUGAUUCACUCUUGCGGUAGAUGAGUCUGCCAGUAAUACAGAUGGAUUC